UUCUUCCUCCAUCCUUUCAUCCUCCCUCCCACCCCAGCUGGACUCCCUGCAGGUUGUCCGUCCGGUGUCGCCUUCCCAGAGGAGCGUCCUGCCUGCCGGCGUCCCAGCAGAGGCAGUGCAACCACACAGCAUCCUUCCCUGUUUCACCGAGCCAGGCACGCUUGGAGGCGUGGUUACAAGAGGGGAACUGAACAUGAUUGGUGGAGGAAUCCAGAGGGAGUGAGUGAUGAUCCACCAAUAAGGAGGAGCUCUGCGCGGCAGUGGUCCAAUAUAGGAGCUGGAGGCGAGGAGCAUCUUUAUUAUAGAACUCAUUUACGGGCGAAAGGUGACAGGAGACCGGCAGGAGCUUGGAGUUUCUUCUCCUUCUCUGUUUCUGUUUCUAAGCGAACCUGACUGAAUCUGCGACCCCGAACGCGAACGACUUUUCAUUCAAAAGGUGUGCCUGGCAGGUUUUGUUCUCCGAGACGUUUCUACUAAGAAAAUCUCCAAAAACGGAGCAAAACCAGAAAGACGGACAACAACCCUCCCUCACUUCUGCAAUCAUGAUGUCGAUGAAUAGCAAGCAGCCUUUCAGUAUGCACCCUAUCCUGCACGAACCCAAAUACACUCCUCUGCACUCCAGCUCGGAGGCCAUCCGCAGGGCCUGUCUGCCCACACCAUCGCUUCAAGGCAACAUCUUCGCCGGCUUUGAUGAGACCCUCCUGCAGAGAGCCGAGGCUCUGGCCGCGGUGGACAUUGUGGCCCAGAAGAGCCAUCCGUUCAAACCAGACGCGACCUACCACACCAUGACCACCAUGACCAGCAUGACCUGCACCCCGACCUCCUCCUCCGCGCACCUGCACCACCCGUCGGUGCUCACCUCCCACCACCAUCCGGCGCACCACCAGUCUGCACAGGGCCUGGACGGCGACCUGCUGGACCACCUCACACCGGGCAUCUCCCUGGGAGGCAUGCCCGGCUCGGACGUCUGCUCCUCGGCCUCUCACACCCACGCCGCCCACAUGUCGGCCAUCAACCACAUGCAGCACCAUCACCACCAACAGUCCAUGAGCAUGCACCCACACGCUCAGCUGUCUCACAGCUCCCUGGGGGGCGGCGGUUUAGACUCGGAGCCGGAUCCCCGGGAGCUGGAGUCGUUCGCCGAGAGGUUCAAACAAAGGCGGAUCAAACUCGGGGUGACCCAGGCGGACGUGGGCGCUGCCCUGGCCAACCUUAAGAUCCCCGGGGUCGGGUGUCUGAGCCAGAGUACCAUUUGUAGGUUCGAGUCCCUGACGCUGUCCCACAACAACAUGGUGGCCCUGAAGCCGAUCCUGGAGGCCUGGCUGGAGGAGGCGGAGCGGGCGCAGAGGGAGAAGAUGUCCAAGCCGGAAAUCUUCAACGGGGGCGACAAAAAGAGGAAACGAACGUCGAUCGCGGCCCCGGAGAAGCGCUCCCUGGAGGCUUAUUUCGCCGUGCAGCCGAGGCCCUCGUCGGAGAAGAUCGCCGCGAUCGCCGAGAAACUGGACCUGAAAAAGAACGUGGUCCGCGUUUGGUUUUGCAAUCAGAGGCAAAAGCAGAAACGAAUGAAGUUUUCUGCGACGCACUAAGACCAACGGGACAAAACCUGCGGGACUGUGCCCCGUUAAAAGACAAAUCAGAGACAAGCUGCUGCUGCACACUGUCAGAAAAACAAGGUACACCGUUGUGCCUGUUGUUCCUGCUGGACCUGUGUGACGCACAGCCAGGGCCAAGGUGCACUUAAUAAUAAUACAUCAAUUCUAACAUUUAAUUUGUUAUCUCUUAAUUAUUUUUUUAAGAUCACCUCAUUGGCUGAAUUCAUUACUUAGCCUAUUGAAGAAAAAUCACAUUUUCUGACUAAUACUGGACUAAAUGUUUCGCUAAGAUUUAUUACAGUGAUGUCCACCUGGUAAAGGAGCACCAGUGCAUGAAUUCCAGAUGUGGAAACGAUUUCACACAAAGUAUUCAAAACAGGCAGCAAAGAUACACCUCUGCGCGUGUCUGGAGUGUUUCUGCUGUAUUUAGGAGGCGCAAAGAGGUCUGGAUGUGGGACGCCUGACGACUAACCAGGACGUGUUUUUAAAUUGUUUUGGGAGUGUUCGUGCAGCUCCACAAACAACUGGAUUCAACGGUGUACCUUUUUGAUUCUGACAGUGGAGACGGAGCACCGGGACUGGGAGAAAGACUGAGACCCUGUCCAAAAACCGGAGACUCUAAAAUCUUUACGCUUCUCCACUGAAUAGACCGAGGAAGUGAUCUCUGGCAGACAGACAGGGGGAACAAUGCUCCGUCCCAUUCAUUCAUAAGGCAAUUAUUGUACAAAGAAUAAGCAUAAUAAUGACGGGAUUCGAGGAAUAACUUGUCCUCAUUAGUCGGAAUAGCUUUUUUAUAUUUAUCAUUGUACAUAUUUGUGAAUAUGAUGCACCUCUGUGUGUGAAAAGCUCAUUGAAAUGUAUUGAAUUUUCGCUGUCUUUUCUCCCAGGUGUUUGUUUCUGUAGGGGAUUCAAUAGGUUUUGGGUACAGAUUGGACAAAAUGAGUAAAACAUGUCGGUCUGUGGCCAUUUAUGAGGCACAAUAACUGUAACCCAUUGCAUGGUUUACUCUUACAGGGGGAGAGAGGGGUGCUUUCUGUGCGUAAUGGCUCCAAAAAGAUUAAAAUAUCCCCCCCAAGCGAAUGCAUUGCAAUAAGAAGAGAGACACAAACACACAAACACACGCACGAAUACACACAUUCACACGGUAUAGCUGUGUGGCUACCUCAUUACGCAAGUGUUGGCACGUUCAUGGUGAUUAAAAAACACACACGCUAAAAAAGAAAAAAAGAAAAAAAAAAGACGAGUAGGAUCAUUUUUGGUUAUGUUUUAACAACAAUGUUUUUUUUCUUUUUGUUUCUCUUCCACCGGUUUAAUGGCGAAUUAGGCCUAGAAUACUCACUUAUGUGUAAACCUGUUGUAUGUUCACUGCAAGGAUGCUUUGACAAUCAAAUUAUUAUUAUUAUUUUAUUUUUUAAUUAUUAUUAUUCCUAAGUUGUUUAUCUCCCCUCUUUGUGUCCUCAUGAAAAUGAAUUAUUUUGCAUAUUAUUAUUAUUAUUAUUAUUAUUAUUAUUAUUAUUGUCACUGACACCUUUAUGGAGCGCACUUUGUAGAUAUUCCGAUGAAGGGAAAUAGUCGGCCUUAUUUAUACAUAUUUUUUUCAACACUUUUGACAAAACGUUACAUUUCGUUUUAUUUUCUUCAUAAUGCCCUUAUUUAUUUAUUUGAACUUAAUUUAUUUUGGAGAAAAGAAAACAUAUUUCAUUUGUGAAAGUGUGCUUUAAAUGUGUCUGUGUAAGCGACAGAAGCUGAAAUAAACCGUGCACGUUUUAAUCCAUCCUCUGACAGCCUUUCUUUGGAAAAAAAAAUAAUAAAUAUGGCAGGAUUUGGGGUCUGAUACAAUUGUGGAAAAUGAAAAAUAAAAAAUU